CCAAACGGAAGAAUUGUGCGACUUUGCGCAAGUUUGACCAUAGAAUAGCCUUAUCAAUUAGGUGUCAAAAUAUUAGUGUACCCUGAGACAACAUUUCGGUAAUCAAAGCUUUACUGAAAAAGCCUCGACAUUGUCGGCAUCGUGUAGGUAAUUUGUUGCUUGUACUAAUCGAAUUUGGUCAUAUGCUGCAAGAAUAUUGGCUUCGCGCGGUUCGGGCACUAUUUGAGGCCAUACGACCCAAACUGCCGAAGACGAAAUGCAGAUAACAAUAGGCAUAGAUAUUCUGGGCGGCCAGAAAUGUCGUUGCCGUCUUAUCGCCGCCAUCAGAAAAUGACUAGACGCAUGUCAUUGAUGAGUUGUGUAGGAUUCUUAAUCGAUGAGGUUGAGCUCUUGCCAUAUCAAUCGGCUCCACUGAUUCUAGUGAGAAUAUGUUGAACCGUAAAUUGAAUAGCAUUUAAUGUACAGACCUCAGACAAUAGGUAAAACAAUAUUAUUUAACGUAUUAUUAUUAGAAUUAUAUUCCCGAUUACAUGAUUACGAAUUGUGGAGCUGCUGCCAUGCAGUAUCCAUCCUUUCUCUGUAUCUCUCUUUGUCGCUACUCUCGCCGUGUCGUCCAUUAAGAAACGUGGAACCACCGGAUAUCUCACCCCCCUCCAGCCCAAGCAUCAGCUGCUGCUUGGUGCCAAGCCCUGCGAUCGUGUUAAUGUAGCGUUGUUUUCGACGCUUGAUUACUCCAGUUUCAGCACUCUCGUACUAAAUGCGCUUGAAAAUUCGGAGUCGGAGCAUUCUA